GGGAUAAAAAUGUGGUAGAAAUUUAUUGUGUUCACAAUGCUACACGUACUGUAUGCAAUAAAACUAUAUCGGAUAUGGAAAAUGAAAAAGAGGGCAACAUAGAAAUUUGGACACCUGACGUCAUACAACGUGUAGCUUCCAUUGUAGUCAUCAUGGUGCUAACUCUGGUCGGCAACACCGUCAUCAUUAUCAUCCUCACUUGCAGUAGGUACAGAAAAAGGAAUAGCCGUGUCAAUAUAUUCAUUAUUAAUCUGGCUGUUGGCGAUCUGACAGUCUGUGUGGUAACUAUGACAACAGAGAUAUUAUUCGUCGCGUUUGGUGAAUGGGUCCUAGGAGCUGCAGCGUGUAAGAUUCUCACAUACGUCCAAGUAGUGACAUUAGCAAGUACCACUUUUAUUCUCACUUCUAUGGGCUUCGACCGAUACAUGGCUAUCUGUCGGCCCCUGAAGUUCAGGAGUUCACACACAAGAGCUCGACGGAUGAUCAUUAUUUCAUGGGCACUUGCGUUUAUGUUCGCGAUACCUCAGCUCCUCAUUUUUGUGCAGACAAUUGACGAGGAACUUCCGAAUGGAGAGAUUCAAUAUGGCUGCCGUAGUCAAGGAUAUACAGCAAUGUGGCAACGGAAGAUUUAUUUCCUGUUCAUGACGAUGUAUAUUUUAGUAGUUCCUGCCAUUUUAUUAUCCUACUGUUAUGUAAACGUGGUGAUAGUUGUCUGGAGACAAGGCAAGCUUAUUACUGGUUCAAACACCUGUUCUUUACGGAAAUCCAUCGUCAAUACUAGUGCAAUACCAAGAGCUAAAAUUAAGACCGUCAAGAUGACAUUUUGCAUAAUUAUCAGCUUUAUCGCUUGUUGGACUCCGUAUUUUGUGACAACACUAACGAGGAUAUAUAGUGAUUACACAUACAAGUUUUCUCCGUCAGUCAUGGCUUUUGCCGAGACUUCAACUCUUUUACAAAGUGCUUUAAAUCCACUCAUAUAUGGAUUUUUCAAUAUACAGAUCAAACGAGGACUAAUGGAGGUGUUUUGUCCAAGUAGGAUUAACACAAGAGAACGUCAUGAGAUAUACAAUCAUGCAUCUGAUUGUCUCACAGUGUCCGGGGAUUUUAAGUGUACGAAUCGUGGCAUGCUCAAACUGAAGGAUCCCACCUCUUCGUCAAGUAGCGGAUCCUACGAUAGGGGGCGCUCAUCACACGGGUGCAUUAUUGCAGAGGCAAACACUAAUGGAUUUAAACUACGCGUACGUUUUCUGUCGAAAGAAAAGUUGUACAUUCAUGACCGUGUAAGUUAUUCUCGUUGUUCAGCAAAGGAAAAUGACAAUGAACACAUUACCUGUGAUAGUGUUAUGUAAAUAGGUGAUAUAUGACGUCAUGUCACAAAGGUAAAAACACACUAUUUUAUAUAGACGAAAGUACAACGUAUGAUCUUGGAAGAAAGCCAUUUGAGAUUUUGAUACUGCAAUUGCAUAAGAAAAGUUUAGGUAGAACGUCAUCAAUACGCCAUAUCUUAUUAUAAAUGGUGCUCAGGUAACAUGACCAUUUACGACGAAGUCUUUGUAUUGGCUGAUAUCAAGUCAAUGGAUGGUGUCGAUCAGGAAUACAAACUGGUCAGUGAUCUUAUGUCAUCGUGACGUCAGAAAAGACUGUGUAAGUGUUGAUUGGUGUCAUGUGUAGAAAACUCAACUUAGCACAUCACAAUCAAUUGUUUAUGCUUUGACGUGAUAUCUUAUACAUAUGCAUAGCUAAUGAGAUAACGUCCCGUAUGACUGAUCAGGUAAUACAGAAUUAUUUGUACUAUGACGUCACUAUUUCAUAUCUUAUCCACGUUUAUGUAAAGACUACAUAAUAUAAUUUGCUAAUUCACAUCUGUUUAUUUGCUGACGUAGGGAUCGAAGAGUCGUAAUACACAAUAGUUUAUUGGAAGGUGUCGAUCAGGAAUUUAUUUAAAUUUAUAAAUGAUAAUAUAUCAUAAUAUAUCUGAUAUAUAAGUAAUAAGUAGCUUUUAAUGGAAAGCAAAAGAUAAAAUGUAAAUCCGUAGAAAAGUCAUUCAUUGUUAAACCACUUACCUCUGUACAUUCCAUAUUUCUAAGAUGAGCAGUUUGACUGUUUUAACAUAGAAAGGUUAGAAAGUACAUGAACUGAAUUGCCAUUUCCAUUUUACGUCUAUUCUUAUUCGUUUCAUAAAAAAUAUUGGUAUACAUUAUGUAUGAACGAUUUGUCCUUGUUCUGCCGAUUCAGUUUGUACACCUUAAAUGCAGUUAAUCAUCGCACAGAUUCACCCUCUUGAGGCUUGUGAACUACACCAUACAUUGAACGUUAUUGUGAUUGAUAAUGGGGCCCAUUGGAAGAAUUUGACAGGACAGAAACAUUCUGAUGUUUUCAAUAAACUGCUAAGAUUGAGGGGCACAGAUAAAUGUUACCGGUGUACGACAACUUUGCCCCUUAUACAGCGCGGAUGAAUCGUUUCAACGAAGAUUCUGACUGGUUUGUCAAACAUAACCCUUUUGCUCAUAUUGUUAAUGGUGAACGAAUA